AUGCCAUGUCAGGUUCAAUGGAUACUUGUCAAAGGAAAUGGCUAAUAAUAUUUGCAAGUUUCUGCAGCCUAUUAGGUAAAUAUACAUGGAUAAUUAAGUGCACUUAAAUAAUUCGAAAAAUGGUGAUUUUGGUAGUAACCAUAAUACCUAAAAAUAUUCAGUUGUAAUAAUAAUAAUCAUUGUUCUCUUAUUCAAAGGCCCUUACUCCAAAUGAAUUGAUAUUUAAAUUACAAUCAUUUAAAAACCCUUUCAUAAGAGAGUUUUCCAAUAAUGAUCAUCACAAAUUAGAAAAGAACAAAAGACUUUGUUUCGUUUAAGAGAUUUAACAUACUCUGGGUGAGGAAAGCCAUCUAUGA